AUGGUAGAAAUUAAUGAUAUAAUUAAAUUAUACUCAACCAGACCAAACCUUGAACUUAUUAAUAAAAACUUUGCAGUUGAUUGCGAUUUUGAAGCUUUCAAUGUACCAAGUUUUAAAGUUAAAGGUAUAGAUCAAAUCCAUGAAAUUUUUAAAGCAAUUGGAGUAUAUGCUAAAGAAUUAAGAAUUGUUGACUAUAAAUACACCCACUCAUCUCACAACAUGGUAUUAGAUACCAAACAAGAAAUCUGUUUCAAUUUCCUUCCAUGGUUUAAAAUUCAAUAUAGAAUGAUGAUUAAUAUUCAUAAAAAUAAAGAAGGUAAAAUUAAAAGAUUUGAAGAAAUCACAGAUUUAGAAAGUAUAAUUCAAAAUAUUCCAUUCUUUAACUAUGGUUAUUUCAAUGUAAUGAAACCAGCUCUUGGUUAUUUAAUGGUUAAGGCUGGAGGGUAUAACCGUGGUUUAGUAAAUGAACAAACUAAAAUUAAAGAUGCAAUGGAAAGAUUAAGUGAUAAUUUUGUUGAAAAGAAGGAAAUCAAUUUUUCAGAACCAUUAAUCAAACUUUCAAAGAAUUUCCAUGGUAAAGACUCUGGUAAGGUCGACUUUGAUGAUUUCAAUAACUCAAAAAAGAUUGAUAUCAAAGAUGGUUCAAAUGUAUGGAACAAGAGACCAUUACCAAUCUCAAACUAG